AUGAGCCUGAACGCGGCCGUCCGGCGAGAUCGUUUAGCUACUGAUUCUGUAAUAACUCUUGAUAUAUACAAGAAAAAGGAAAUCGCUGUCACAUAUCACUCAUGUUGUGGUGACGACGUCGAUGUUCGUCGCCUUUCAAGCGAGUGUAGGAGGAUUUCAGGUUGCAAAAAGCAUGGCGGUCCAGGUUUGCAACACUAUUGGCUGCACACGAUGACUUGCACGCACGAGCAAGACUGCCCUCGAGGGGAGGCCUCCACAUCCCUUCACCGCCAGAUCCCUCCUCCCAUCGCAUGCCCUCCUCGCGAUCCUCCCAACGUCCUCGCGCCGCUGUCCUCUUCUUCUCUGCGACUCCUCUGUGCCCCACGCCCUGACCGACGCCGGCGAGUCCUCGGCACUCCGCGCGCGCCUCGCAUCCAACGCCGGGAAGGAUCGCGUGAUUCCGCCUGCGUCGUCGCCUCCGACGCUGGCCUCUCCUUCACCACCGCCCCUGCCGGCAAGGUCCCCCUCGUCAUGGCCUUCCUCGCCUGGGUGUACGUCGCCAGCCGGCCAUAUGGCAGGACACGCAGACCCGGGCGAUCCUCUCCGGCCUCCUUGAGAAGAGCACCGGCAAUCUCCCCAAAGAGAUCUCAGUGGACGACAAGCUGAGGGACCUCGGAUGCACGUAAUUUUUCGGUUCUCCACUGAAGUAUUGAAGGCAUUAUGACAACAUGUGUACCAACUUGUUGAUUAAAAAUGAUUGCCUUUCAAAGUUUCAAUGAACUUCUCACUGGACAUUUUGACGCAUUCGCUUGAAUCUGCAUAUUGCAUCAUUUGUGCACAAUGAAAACUGUAUGAACCUGCAUUGGAUGGUGUAUUUGUAGGAAGGUUAUCCUUUCUUCAAGGACUGGAAGUUUCCUGGUAAGUGUUCCUUUUCUGAAAAACUCUGUGUUUGUCCACUGUAAUAUUUUGUUUACAUCAGGUUUCUCUUUCCUUUUGUGGGCGUAAUGUCGAGACAAUAAUAUUCAGAAAGUUGUUGUUUCAGGGAAACUGCUAACUCCAUAUGCCAGACCCAUAUCAUUGUUCAGCAUGCAUAGUGUUCCUAUGUCAUUCCUAUGAUGUAUUUGUUUCCUUUUAUAUCAUAAUAGUCUUCAUUUUGGCCAUGUACCUUCAAACUGAACCAAAAAUGGUUUGUCUGAUGACAUGUUUGAGGAGAUUCUUGAUAUGAAACAGUAGAUAUGAGGGUGACCGUUUUUUUUUGCAA